AUGAAUAACUCGCAUCCAGAACCACCACCUAGUCGCAAUGGGGGUGAAGCACUAUCGCAGCGUGCGGCACGCCAACAGCACAGCAGUAGUCAUACGCCAGCGCAACAAGUAUCUCAACGCCAGCAUUCAUCGAGUGACGCAGAAGCUGCUGUUCUAAGCUGCUCCGCUAACGCAUUUGAAGGUAAGCUGUUGUUUCGUAUACUACCGGUCACUUUAUAUGGAAAUCACAAGAGCAUCGACACAUACGCAUUGCUGGAUGAAGGCUCCUCAGUCACGAUGCUGGAUAACGGACUAGCCCUGGAGUUGGGACUGCAAGGACAACAACAGCGCCUUAACAUACAAUGGUUUGGUGGUCGCUCCGCGCAAGAGCCUUCGAUCUUGGUAAGCUUGUCUAUUAGUGGAUGCGGCAUGAAGAAGAAGCACACGCUUCGAAAUGUGUAUGCGGUGUCGAAUCUACAGUUGCCUUCACAAAGUUUAUGCAGAGCAGACUUACACUGCGACGACAAGUACAAACGUCAGUUGCCAGUUCAGCCAUACAUCGGGGUGAUGCCAAAGCUUCUCAUUGGUCUCGACCACUGCCAUUUAGGCCUGCCAUCAACUACUUUGAGGAUGAGAACAAAUGGUCCUUUCGCCGCCAACACCGAAUUGGGCUGGGUGGUGUUUGGGCCAACAAGUGAACGCCUGCCAGCUACGCCUUCUUGCCUACUUAUCAAUUCUGCGAGCGAUGAAUCCCUGCAUGACCUGGUUGCUGGCUACUUUGCUGUCGAAAAUUUCGGGGUGCGCUCGUCACCAGCAAUCGAGAGCGCAGCUGAUAGUCGUGCCAAGUCUAUUUUAGAUUCGGUCACACGUCGCGUUGAUGCUAGAUUCCAAACAGGUCUUAUCUGGAAGCGAGAUGACUUCUAUCUACCUAAUAGUUACUUCAUGGCGCUAAAAAGACUGGUGGGUAUCGAGAGGCGCAUGAGCCGAGACGCAGGCUUCGCAGCAGCUUACAAAGCAACGAUGGACUCCUAUAUUGCAAAGCGGUAUGCACGCAAGCUCGACCCAUCGGAAGCCUCAGUGGUAAAGCCUCACACUUGGUAUUUACCACAUUUUGCCGUGGUGAAUGCCAAUAAGCCAUCGAAGAUACGUAUGGUGUUCGACGCGGCAGCUGAGGUCAACGGCGUCUCUUUGAACUCCAUGCUGCUGAAGGGUCCGCAAGAGUAUCGACCUCUGCCGUCGAUUCUCUUCCAUUUUCGCGAAGGAGCAGUCGGAGUAUCUGGGGACAUUAAGGAAAUGUUUCACCAGGUGUUGAUGCAACCCGAAGACAGGUGCGCCCAACGAUUUCUUUGGCGCAACGGCGAUAGUGGUAGGCAACCGGACGUAUACGAGAUGUGCGUUAUGACAUUUGGCGCUGCUUGCUCGCCAUGUGCAGCGCACUAUGUCAAAACUAGAAAUGCGCUCGAGCAUCGCAUUAACGCCACAAGCCGAGCGGUGCAAUCAAUAUUGGCCUACCACUAUGUCGACGACUUCGUUGAUGCUUUCGACUCGCCUGCAGAAGCCAUCUCCAUCGCGCAAGAAGUUCGAGCCAUUCAUCUGGACGCCGGUUUCGAGCUCCGAAAUUUCGCUUCAAAUUCACCAGAGGUAGUUGCAGCUUUGGGUGGCGCAGAAGAUACGAAAUUGAUUGCUAGCAAAGAAGGUCUGGCGACUGAGAAGGUUCUCGGUCUAUAUUGGGAGCCGUCAACAGAUAAGUUUAAAUUUAAUUUGCAUUUUAACAAAGUUGACCCUCAAGUAGUUAACGGUGGCAAACGCCCAACAAAACGUGAACUCCUUAGCGUGGUUAUGUCAGUUUUUGACCCACUGGGCUUUCUAAGUCACUUCAUUAUCGGCGCUAAGUUAAUUAUGAGGGAGGUGUGGAGGCGAAAUACGCGCUGGGACGAACCAUUGCCAAGCGACAUCGGAACUGUGUGGGAACGAUGGCGCAAACAAUUAUUAGCCGUCACCAAAUACGCCAUUCCCAGGUUCUACUUUUGCAAUGGUAAGCCCAAAGAUUUGCAACUCCACAUUUUUGUGGACGCCAGCGAGGACGCGUUCGCCGCCGUCGCCUACUGGAGGGUAGUCAACUAUGAGAACGAGGUGAGUGUUAGUUUCGUAUGCUCGAAGACUAAGUGCGCUCCGCUGAAACCGCUCACUAUACCGCGGCUAGAGCUGCAAGCAGCCGUCUUGGGAACCCGGUUAAUGCAGACAAUUCGUGAAGAGCACUCCGUCGUCGUAAAUGAUUGCCUUCUAUGGAGCGACUCGUCAACUGUGAUGAAAUGGAUUCGCAGUGAGCACCGACGAUACAAACCCUUCGUACAGCACCGAGUGGCUGAAAUACUGGCAUCUACAAGCGCGUCUGACUGGAGAUGGGUACCCACUGCGGACAACGUCGCCGACGAAGCCACGCGUUUCAGCAGCCAAGUCGACUUUACCUCAACUUCCCGCUGGAUUCAGGGUCCACCAUUUCUGCGCCAAGAAGAAUGUUACUGGCCCACUGCCGAGAUUUUGAUCGUUUUUUCUACAUUCAACAGAUUGGUGAGAACGGUAGCUUGGGUUCUUCAUUUCAUCAAUCUAUGCCGUCAUCCUAACUCAGCCAAACGUCGCUAUGGCCUGACAUCAGCUGACGUUGAAGCAGCGAAGCUACUAAUAUGCCGCCUUGUACAGAACGAACAUUUUGGCCCCGAGAUUGAGCGUAUUAGGAAAGUCCGAGAAGUCGCACGCAACAGCCCACUACGUCAGCUCUCUCCGUAUGUUGAUGAGGAAGGUACGCUUCGUGUUUGUGGACGCAUUGACGCAGCUAGCUGGCUUCCGAUGAGCGCGAGACGUCCCAUAAUUUUGCCGUCCAAGCACCCUUUCACCAAGCUGGUCGUAGCCCACCACCACAACCUGAUGCGCCAUCAGAACAUAGAGGCCACAAUUUGCACAAUCCGCCAGACUUACUGGGUACUUCGCUUACGAACCGUGCUACGCAGCGUGAUUGCCAGCUGCCAAGUAUGUCGCCUCAGCAAAGCCGCUCCAGUCCCACCGCUUAUGGGGCCCCUACCAAUCGAUAGGCUUACCGCGUAUGUGAGGCCAUUCAGCUACACGGGACUGGAUUAUUUCG